CAACUCCGUCAAGUUCUCCAGAGCCACGGGCCUCCGAUCCUCAGUCCGGCACUAACCGUCACCGUCGUAAGACCUUGUACGCAAGCCGGUUUUUUAAAAUACCUCACUCGCGCGCGCAUGUCAGUAUUUUUAAAUUCGCCGCCGCUUGAAUAUCUGUGGACAUUUUAAAUUUAAUUUGUUGUUGAAUAAAAUUUUCAUUUUUUUUUCUUUUUACUGGUGAUUAAUUGGUGUCUUGAUGUCUUGCGGGCUCGUGGGAAUCGGCUGGAGAACCCGGUAGAUAACUGCGCAAGAGACAUUAUCCAGUGCCUGAGGGAACUUUCGGCUCUUACUUGUGACACUUUUGUGCCUGGGUUUUUAUUAAAAAAUAAUAAUUUUUAUUUGCUGGAGCGGAGUUAAGAUCUUGGUGCUCUUGGACAAUAAUAGGUGGAUCUGUGGAAAUAAAAAGGUGUAUGAUAAGUGUGUAGGAUAAGAAUAAGUUUUGUGUGAGAAGGAGAGAAAAGAGAAUGAGGAGCCGCACCUCUGGAUUCCUUGGUCGACUUGGAGCCAAGUGAGAGGUGGGCUUUCGUGUUAUAUCUACAGAACUGGAGUUCGGAGGAUAGAGAGCGGUUGCAGAGACGAGGAGCAAGGAAGAUAACCCAGAGAUAUAAUACCUGGCUUAAUAAGUUAUAAGAAGGAGAACAAAUUCCAAGGGGGCACGUACGUACGGCUUCGACGCCACUGGUUUCCCGCAUACCAUAGACAGCCGAGAGCUCUGGGAAAAGAGGAGAAAGAGGAGCACGAGGAUCUGGACAAGCGGGGACGUUGUGCUGGUAAAGUUUAAGUAGUGGUGCUGAAGAGGUAGAAGGCGGAGGAGGAGGAGAAAGAGAAAGAGAAAUAGAAGGAGUUGGAGUUGGAGUCGGAUAAGGAGAGGGCAGAGAAGGACCGAAUACUGCCGGCUAGAGAGUGGGACAACGAGGGACCACGAGGAAGUGAGGGAGACCGAGCGAGUCUGUCUCAGGUAAACGUAAGAGUGGGUAGCUGGUGGUAGCUCACAAGGCAGCCAUAAUGGCCUAACGCGAUCUCCGCGAGGCGGCUACAGCUGCUGUGAAAUAUUUCUUUCUCGCUCUCUCUUUUGAGUUACUCCGAUCUGAUGAUACCUCGACGAUCAGAACCUCUGUGAGAGUACAGUACGUACGUAUCUUUGAGAAUAGGAUUGUGGAUUUAGCAACUUUUAUAUUUCAACACAUCGUUCGUGUUAUUAACCUCACCAGGAGGCUUACCUGUUGCCACGGUGGAUAGCCGAGCUACGGAAGAGCUUUUGCGUGUCAAAUUGUAUAUAUUUAUUUUUAAUCCCAGGUAUAAAAGAUGAGGGGCUCCAACCAGGACUCGGCGACGCCGUACUGCAGAUGUCGAGUACUGUAUCUCGGGAGCUCGGUGCCACAUGCCAGCAAGGAAGGUCUUCUUGGAGUACAGGAACCACUUCGUGAACUCUACCCCGAGCAAGGUGCUUUGGGUGCACGUGGUAUUGACUCUUGGUUGAGUGUCUGGAGUAAUGGAUUAUUGCUGGAGAACGUUGACGAGCAUCGUAAAAAAGUAACGAGGUUUUUUCCAAUCGAGUCUUUGCAUUACUGCGCAGCGGUAAGACAUGUCAAAGGUGGCAGCGGUGACUCAUCUACCACGAGGUUUUUGCCGCUAGACUCCCCGUUCGCGAGAAAUCCAAGUGCUCAUCAUCCGCCGCUAUUUGCAGCGGUGUUACGUCGCACAACCGGAAUAAAAGUCCUCGAGUGCCACGCCUUUAUAUGUAAACGUGAGAUGGCGGCCAACGCCCUGGUGAGAUGUUGCUUUCAUGCUUACGCUGACAGCAGUUAUGCUAAAGGUCUUGAUCCAUCGAUGGCGACAAUCACGACCAAUGGUACCUCACCUGGAUCACAUCCCGCAAACGGUACCAGCAAUGGCAGUCUCUAUAACACUCUCGGUGGCUCUAGCACUACGCUGGACAACAACAGCCCUCCGGGUACGAGACUGGAUACGACUUCCACAGACGAUAUGAGUCUUUACAACGGCGAUGAGAAUCACAAAGUAUGGGCCAAAGGUAGAGAUGAAGUUGAUGCGAUUUAUCAAGAACAAGGCACUAUCAGAAGUACGAGAGGUUCAAGACCAAGACAGCUGAUAGCUCCACCACCACCUCCACCGCCACCGCCUCCACCUUCGCAGCCGAUACUCGUUGAAGAGUCCACGUCGUCGACACGGAGAAAAGGAAAUAAAAAGUUGAAAAAAAUUAAAAAUAGGUCUGGACAUGAAGAGCCAAUGCAGCUACCACAUCACCCGCAUCAAAUGCAUCCACAAGCUAUCUACACCAACGGACACGGACAUCAUACCCUCGGCCAUCCCAUCAGACAGCAACACCAUCAUACACAUCCGAUGCCACCCAGCAGCAGAUCUGUCGCCGGCACACUGGCUCGACCGGCGCCAGUUUUCCUGGUACCCGCUGCGACUCUACCACGCAAAGCGCAUCACCAUCAUCCACGAGGAAUGAGGCCGAUACCCGCAGCAGCACCUAUCGUACCGGUUUACGCGCCAUUACCAGUCGUACCACCACCACCAGCAGCGCUCUAUCAACCAACCUACGGUACUGCCGGUAAUCGAGGACGAAGGCAUCAAGAAAUCGACUCAUCAACUCUCGGUGUCAAUCGCAGACUCGCGGUUUCGCACGCUGACCUCACAGCGGCCCUCGACGGCGUCAGUCCCGACCCCGAAAGCGACUCGCGAUUCAACACCGGAAUCUACCGACGCAAAGGUCACAUCAACGAACGCGCCUUCUCUCAGAGCAUCAAAGCCGAGCAUCGCAGCAGAAGCUACGGCAGCAUUGCGUCACUGGGAUUCAGCGCUCAAAACGGCAACGGGUUACCUAAAGACGAGACAAAAGACCGUGAAAUAGCCCAAAUGGUUGCCGGGUUAAACCUCGACGAUAGCCAUGAGAAAGUUGCCUACAACAAUCGCGGCAACCAUUUAUCUCAACCAUUACCAAGGCCAAGACCGCGCUAAUUUAAAAUACCAGCUCUCCGUCCUGUCGUUAUUCAAGUAAUUGCUGAUAAUUGACGGUUUUAUUUUUUUUUAUCACCAUAAUUAUCAAUCGCCAUUGUCAAUUAUCAGCGAGUCUGAUAGCAGCAACCGGGCAUACUGAACGUAAUCAAUGAGCUAGACUUAGUAUAACUUAAACUAUUGGAUAAUUACCAUUGAUAAUUAUGGGUGCAUUGACUCUGCUCGUAUCUGAAUACUCUCAAGUCUCACCGGAGGUUUACGGGCACAAACAACACAAAUAAAAUAUAUUUAAGCCCCAGCAAGGAUGAACAUUACGACCUUACACUUGUUCCAGGCCAAUUAAGCGUAUGAAGAAUAUAAUUGUUUUGUCGUCACGCCGUCGUGUUACCGUCUCUGCUAUAUUAUUUAACAAAAGUUAAGGAUGUCGACCUUGAAGCAACAUCUAAGUAACAUUAAAUUUUAAAUUAAGCCGGAAGUAUUAAUUAAUAAUAAUAAUAAUAAUAAUAAUAAUAAUUACAGAAUAUAAUAAUUAAAAAAUUGGGGGAGAAGUUUAAGCGUUUAAAUAUUAUCAUAAAUUAUCAAUCUAUUGGAUUUGACAGGUGGAAUUUUUUGAAUAAUUAAUAUGUUGAGUUAGGUGGCCUAAAUACCUGCUCGUAUACUUGCAGGCCUAUGAGGACUAAAUGGAAUUAUGUUUAAUUACAUUACAUUAAAUAAAAUACAAAUGAGAGCUGCCGGUAAUUAACAUUCGAAAAACCAGUCACAUAACCGCGAGUUAUCUGGUAUUUUAUUUUAAAUAUGCAAACGAUUUUAUUCAGUAUAGAUUGAUGUGGAUUUUAAAUAUUUACUCGCUGGAAAAUAUUUUAUAUAUUUAUUUUUAUAGAAAAUGGUAAUUAAAUACCCUGAGGUAAAGAUUAAAAUUUAUGUUGAUAGAAAACUGAAAAUGAUAAAAUUAUUAUUAUUAAUUAUUAAAUAAUAAUAAUAAUAAUAUUUUAAAAAAGGUAUUGCGUCAUGCGCACGAUAAUAGAGAUGACAAUCGGACGUACUGUUGCUCAUCAUAAUUUUAUUUUCAAUCAUGUCAUACAAUCAAGGUCGACAUGCGCAUAUAUUUUUUACUUAAAAAUAACAAAACCACUUUUUUUAUUAUUAUCAUUUUAUAAUUAUGUGUGUAAUAAUUUUUAAGUACCAGUGCCCGCAUUAAAAUACUCUAACGGUUUGGAUUUUUUAAUACGCAGACUUUUAAUUGUAAAAAAUUUUCAGAGUUAAUGCGCAGAAAAUUUUUUAUUUAUUUCAUUUAUUUGGAGACGCAGAUUUAAAUAAAAUCUACAGAACUCCGAAAUCGGUCUGGUGAAAAGAAAAAUUCAAAUUUACUCCGCGCGCGCAGAGAUUUUUUUAAAACUGCGCAGCUCCAAACGGAGGGAAAUUUAAAAUUUACUCCGAAAUCACUCCCGAAUUUUCAGUGUAACUUCGUAGCAAUAUUUUUACAUACAUGGGACUAUUAAUUAAAAAAUAUAUAACAUAAAUAUGUAUAAUAUUUAAAACUGUUAAAUUUACCAAAUGAACGAGUCAGUGCAAAAAAUUAUAAUUAUAAUAAUUAUUAUUGCGCCAUUUUGUUAUUUCUCCGAAGAUAAAUAAUUAUUUCAGUUAACUCGAUUGUCAUUGUGACGAUAAUUAUAUUAAAUAGACUACUUAUAUAUAAAUAUAUAAAUAUAUGUUUACUAAUUUUCGAACUAGAAUCUAUUAACACUUGAUAACUUUUUAAGUAAACAAAGCAACUUUUUAAAUAUUUUAUGUUCAGGGACAAUUGUUAUCAUAAAAAAAAUAUUUAAAAAUAUAUAUAUAAAUAUAUGAUAAUGUAAAACUCGAUAGUAUGUUAAUAGUCAGAUGAUAAAUUUGUCCUGAAUAUUUAAAAUGAUAAUAAAGAGUUUAAAGUAGUGAUCGAUGUUUAAUAAAAUUCACAUAAUUAUUAUUAUUUAUCGAUCAUUAUUUUUCAUAUCGAGGUUGCGCAAUAACCGGCGAUAGAUAUAAAGACGUGUGGGUUUUAUAAAGAAUAACAUAUCACACAUAACAGCAGUUGAACGGAAUGUAAUUGAGAUUCAAGCUGAGCCGACUUAUACAACUAUACGAUAUAUAAUAUAGCAAUAAU